UUAAUUCAUCCCCUUUUCUGUACUCAAAGAGUAUAAUAGUUUAAAAAUUUGACUUAAAAGAUACAAAUGUAUGAUUAAGUAAACAUAAUAUUAAGUGUUCAGUUGGUUAUGAUAUGUUUACUGUUUCCAUGGUGCUAGACUAAACUGUGUUCUAGGCUGUGAGCUGCUGCUCACAAACCGAGGCAAGUGAUAUCGUACAAUCCACUACGUAAAACUUAACAUCACCAUAGAGAUCAAACCUGACUUUUUCUGAGUUCUAGGAAACUACAACAAAAUGCCACACAUCGUGCACCGUACAGUGUCCAGGACUGCUUCCUUACGUGUUCAAAAGGAAGGAGGAGGAUUUUUGGUCCGAAAGGUCAUUGGAGGCGUCAUUGAUAGUUGUGAUCCAUUCUUACUUCUAGACCACAUUGGUCCAGUGACUUACAAGCCAGGAGAAGCUCUAGGGGCUCCCGAUCAUCCCCACAGGGGCUUUGAGACUGUUACAUACGUCAUUCAGGGAGGAGUCAAACAUGAAGAUUCGGCUGGAAAUAAAGGAGAACUACGAAGUGGAUGGGUGCAGUGGAUGAGAGCCGGUAGUGGAUUGGUCCACAGCGAGAUGCCAACCGAAGAUUUGAUUCGUGACGGAGGAACGUGGGAGGGAUUUCAACUGUGGAUUAAUCUACCUUCAAAGGACAAAAUGAUUCCGCCGAGCUACAAAGACAUUCCACCUGAGUCAAUACCUGUAGUUGAGGACCCACAAGGUGGAGCCACCGUGAAAGUCAUUGCCGGCGAAUGUAAAGGAACCAAAGGGGCUAUAACCACACACUCUCCUAUUCUCUUUCUGGAUAUUCACUUGAAACCUGGAAGCUCAUUCACGCAUGAAAUCCCGCCAUCUUACAACGGGUUUGCUUACGUUUGGAGGGGAACUGGACACCUGGGCCACGACUUCCAGCUGGCUAAAACGGGAACUGUUGGUGUACUAACACAAGAAGGAAGCGUGUUUCUCAUGAAGGCAGAAGAAAAUGAGGAGUGUAAUGUCCUCUUGGUGGCAGGACAGCCUUUGGAUGAACCUGUUGUUCGAUAUGGCCCUUUCGUAAUGACUACAGACGAAGAAAUUCAACAGGCAAUCGAAGACUACCGUAACGGGAAAUUAGGGUUUGUACACCAGCCAGAUGGUGCAAGUGGUGGAACGCCCUCUGCAGAUUUUUCCAACCAAGACGUAUGUGCACCUUUAAGUGCUGGACCCCAUUCUUUUGGUGACACCAGCAAUGGUACCAGUGGGGAACAUGCUUGAAAAAAAAAGUAUUAUGUAGAAACAAUUAACCAAAUACUAUAAUCUCCAGAUUUGUCCACAAGCACUUCUAACAAUGGCACUUUUAAACCUACUUUAUAUUUUACAUACUGAUUAUAUUUAUGUCAUUAGUGAGUGUUCAAUUAUUUUCGUUGUUUGAAGUCGUUAUAAAAUUAAGAUUAAAUUAUUUAUUGAUACCAUGUAUUGGUUAUCUAACACGAUGAGUGUGCACUAAAAGACAUCUAAUGCUAAAGAGAAAAAUAGUAAGAGAGUAAAAGAGAAUAUAAUUGUGGUUGAGGGUUUUUCACAAAACACAUGGAACUGUUAUCGAGGUAGUUGUUAGGGCAUUGUGGUUGAGGGUUUUUA